AUGGUUACAGUCGGGCUUCUGGCUAUAGCAUGGCAUCAGCUGUACCCCUCAUCACUUUCGUACGCCUGGAAUGGAACGUCGGCUCCCGAUGCAGCCGCCGCGGCGACCUGUCAGCAGCUCCGCGGCCAUCUCGGCUCGGUCAUCACGCUGCCAUCUGAUGUCUCUUACACCAAUUUGACCCAGGAAAGUUGGUCCCGCACGGCCUGGAAGCGCCCGACGUGCAUCGCACUGCCUGCCACAGCGUCCGACGUGCAGCAGGUUGUCAGCGCCCUCGUCGCUAGCAACGUGCCUUUCGCCAUCCGGUCGGGCGGCCAUUCGCCAAAUCCCUUCGAUGCCAAUAUCGACACUGGAGUUCUCAUCGUGACCGACAGACUCAGCCACGUGACCUACGACGCUGCGACUGGCCUCGCAUCGUUGGGGCCUGGCGCAAGGUGGGACGCUGUCUACACGGCGCUGGAUCUGUACAAUGUGACCCUCGUCGGCGGGCGGGUCAUGGACGUCGGCGUCGGUGGGCUCAUCCUCGGCGGUGGCCUGUCCUACUUAUCGGACCUCUACGGCUCGGUAUGCGACAGCGUAGUGAGCUUUGAGGUGGUUCUAGCCGACGGCAGUGUUGUGGAAGCCACCGCAGCUGAGCACCCGGACCUGUUCUGGGCGCUGAAAGGAGGUGCUAACAACUUCGGCGUAGUGACUGCGUUCAAGUUUACGACGUAUCCGAUCAAGAAUGUCUGGGGUGGCGCCCAGAUGUUCAGUCUCGAUCAGAUGCCCGCCGUGCUCGAGGCACUCAACCAAUACCAGACAACACCGAACAAGGAUCCGUAUGCCAACCUGAUAAUCAACCUCGCCCCGAACCUGGGGGUCGUACUGCUUACCCUGGUCUAUCUCAAGCCCGUAGAGCGUCCUGCGGCCUAUGCGCCCUUCUACGAUCUGACUCCCGUGUCUGACCAGACACGCUUUAUGACCCUGCACGAGUUGAUGGCCGCUUUUCCACCAGCAGGGACUGCAAGAUGGACGUGGUACACCAACACGUUCACGCCCGACAGCGACCUCUAUGCGCAACUUAGCGACCUUCUCGUGUCCGCGCCCGAGAUAGCUGACAUAGGUGCUCUGGAGGCCGGCAGUAUAGUUGGCGCGGUGCAGCCCAUCAGUGAGAGCCUGGUACGGGCUGGACAGGCGAGUGGCGGCAAUGCGUUAGGCCUCCAGCCUGUGAACCAGACAUGGUUCUCGCUCAACCUAGGAUGGGCAAACGUGGAAGACGACGCCGCUGCCAAUGCUGCCAUUGAAUCACUCCAUGACAAGAUUGACGCCCUUGCAAGCGAUGCGGGAGCUAUACUCGAGUAUGAUUUCAUGAACGACGCCAACGCCAAACAGCCCGUGAUCGCCUCAUACGGGGAAGACAACGUGCAGCGGCUCCGUGCUAUCCAGCAGGUCUACGAUCCGCAGCAUGUCUUCCAACGACUGGUACCAGGAGGUCAGAAGAUACCCGUCUGA